AUGGCUUCGGAAGAGAGUGCGGCCGAGAAACUGCGCGCGUUCCAGCAACAACUCUCGGCUUUCGCGGGACAAACGGCGUCCGCAGAAGUGGAGAAGCCGGCCUUCAUGGAUGAGAACGUGCUGAGUGCGAUGAGCGAGAUCUUGAACAAUUCUGGAGUCAUGAAUCAGCUGCUUCCAUCCUCCACGACCCCCACGCCUUCCCAGCAUCCACUAGCCCCGGCCGCGGCCAAUCCCGAUAAUCCUGCUUUCAGGGCCUUAUUGGCCGCCCAUAAUGCCCAAACUGCCGGCUUUCCCUUCGGCAUCUACCCCAAUCUGGUAAGAAACGAAACUUUAAGCCCAUUUACAGUAGAUGAUGACUUCCGAAUUGUUUUUUUGAGUAACUAUCCAAUGGUUUUUCAGGAAUUGACAGAAGCCAUGAGACAUGGUGCAUUUGCGGCUCCCUUUCCCUUCAAUUCGUACCAUAUGAUGGACCCUAGUCGAAGGAAAAACGCGACCAGAGAAGCGACCAAACCCCUGAAGCAAUGGCUGAAUGCCCAUCGGACGAAUCCCUAUCCCAACAAAGGCGACAAAAUGAUGUUAACCAUGAUGACGGGAAUGACCAUGACUCAGGUAAGCCCUACCGUAUUUUAAUUGCGGGGGUUAUGUGAUUUAUAACUCAAACCAAUAAGUGCUCGGAGAGUGCAUUCUUUCUUUCCCUGGUUGUCGCGUCGUCCGGUAAUUGUACGUUUCAUCGUAUUCGACGCGCAUUCUUUACGAUCCAUAAUCGAGUUUAUUCUUCUCAUUACUCUUUCAUAAGUCUAAUUAACUUGGAUUUCUUCCUUUUCACAGAAACAUUGACAAAGACACGGGUACUGUAUACGAGGGGAGGGUAAGGGGAUUAACGGCGCCUCGACCUCGCUCUGUUUUCAUACAAAGUGGAUCAGUUGAGGGGGUUAAGCGAGCGAUUAGACUACGCAAGUGUCAACAAUAAUAUCUAUAUAUCUAUCCCAUGCGCACACAAAACCCAUCUAUCUCCGCAACACCUGAUCCCAUCUUAUCCAUCCCUUAAUUCCAGGUGUCCACAUGGUUCGCAAAUGCCCGCAGGCGCCUUAAAAAGGAAGGAAAACAGUCCUGGUCGCCACGAAAUGGCCGACCCGACGACGAAGAUGGACAAGACAAUCAGGACUCGAGCUUUGUCCACGAACCCCACUCCCCCAGCGGAAGUGUGAAUUCGGACGAAUCGAAACAAGAUACCUCAGCCAACAGUAUGGACGAGAUCAAGAAAGAAAAUGGCAUUAACACCCCCAAACGGAAGAUUUGGUCGAUUACCGAAACCCUCAGCCAGACCCAGACCUCUACCCACAGUUCCCCCGAUGACCGGAAAUCCAUACGAACAGCCAGUCCGCCGAGCUCCUCCAGCAGUUCUGAUGCCAAUCCCCCGCAACUCAAUCCGAACGUCUCGCAACCCUCAGGGCAGACUGCUUUCUCGGGACUACCCUUCCUCGGCCCCAGUCAAAUGAAUCCUCAACUGUUGGCCAUGUCCCAACUCAACCCUCAGAUGAUGGCCAUGUUCGCCCAACUACAACAGCAGCAGAUGAGGAUGGGACAGAUGCAUCCGAUGCAAUCCUUCCUCGCGGCCCAACAACUCUCUCAACUCGGGCGAAUGAAUUCAUCGCCUUCCAAGUUCGCCAACCCGAUGCAACUCUUCCAGAAUAUGAUGCAACAACCUCAACCCCAAUCAAGUCAUGGAGAGAAUGUGGAUACGAAGGAGGAGACAGUCAAGAACCCCGAGGCCAGAUGCAGCUCCUCUUCGUCCCCCGAAACCGAGGCGGGUAGUCCAUUUGCCGGGCCGGACUGUAAAGCGGAGUCCGAGGAGAAUUCGGUGACAGGUAAGGAAGGAGAAGAAGGUCCUCUUAUCAGUCGGGGAUAAUUGUAGUUUCCCACUUUUUAUUAUCACUGCAGGGGAUUAGUGUCCUAGUUUCGUUGACAAGAUGUUUUUUAAGCGUUGAUUGGAUUUUCUGGGUCGAUAAGAGAAAGCGCAACAAGACUCGACACUUAAGAGUAAUAUACUUUUUUUGGAAUGUGGACCCUCAGGGCAUGUAGGGUCAAUCUUUCCUUUUCGCGGUUACUGUAACACAUAAAUCAAGUUUCAAAACGGGAAAGAACUUGUUAGUAUCUCUGGUUCCCUUGUGGAUGAUAGAUGUUGUGUCUAAUGCAAUGUCGAAUGUAGUGACAAGAUAACGGUGUGUAAUGUGAUGACAAGAGAUGUGGGUGAAGCGUCCUUCGCUUCCGUCGUCGAUGUCACCCCAGAAUCCGCUCUCAAAACAUUGUCAUGUCACAUUAACAGCCGUCAUAAAUUUGGCGCCGGAGAGAGAAAAAAAGACGACGAUGUAUAAUAAAUAUAAUAAUACCCCCAACCAAACUAAACUUAUAUCACGUCGAACAAUUUUCGAGCAAUUAAGUGGCGUCGCGCGGUCGGGUGCUUAUUAAUCACCCCGACAUUGGAGUUGUGUUAAGAUCACAAAAAAGUUGCAUUCAGGACUUGUAAACCCCUCAGGCAUUAUUGAUCAACCCUUUUGUUUGCAGGUGCGCCUGAGCUUCCGGUCUGA